AUGGGAAAAGAAGUCCAGCUGAGGCCCAAGGUGAACGUCUCUUCUUACAUCCACUUUCUGCUGAAUUACAGAAACAAAUUCAAGGAGCAGCAGCCAAAUACCUACCUUGGUUUUAAAGAGUUCUCUAGAAAGUGUUCGGAAAAAUGGAAAUCCAUCUCGAAGCAUGAAAAGGCCAAAUACGAAGCCCUAGCCAAGCUGGACAAAGCCCGCUACCAGGAAGAAAUGAUGCAUUAUGUUGGCAAGAAGAAAAAACGGAGAAAGCGGGAUCCCCGGGCUCCCAGGCGACCUCCAUCUUCCUUCCUCCUCUUCUGCCAAGACCACUAUGCCCAGCUGAUGAGGGAGAACCCUAACUGGUCAGUGGUGCAGGUGGCAAAGGCCACUGGGAAGAUGUGGUCUGCAGCAACAGACAUGGGAAAGCAGCCCUAUGAGCAGAGAGCAGCUCUCCUGAGAGUUAAGUACUUUGAGGAUCUUGAAGUGUACCGUAAACAGCACCAUACCACGAAGAAGAACUUCCUGGUUAAGAACCAGCAGAAAGGCAAAGCCGAGUUGGGAAAAAUGGACGGAUCCAGUUUGAAGAAAUAA